AUGUUAAUAGUGCAGUUAAUCGGAACGCUUGCAUCCUAUACCAAACGUGCCAGCAUCUCUAACCAAGAAGAUUUAGAAAAGAAGAAGGAAAUUAGGAGCACAGGAAGAUAUAGAAACCAAUCCGAAAGCUGGUAUCUAACAUCCAAAAAUACCAGCAUCCCACACCAACAUGACCAGAAAGCACAGAAAUGUGAAGAGGCAAUCGGAAUGCUAGCUAUACCAAAAAUGUCAACAUCUCUCACAAAGAAAAUC